AUGUCGUCUUCAACAUCUCCGGUCGACAACAAGAACGAGGUUCAACCCCCCAUUGGAGUCUCCAUCGUCGAAGUCGAUCCUUCGCUGAGUAGCCGUGAUGGACGGCGACCAACUACAGAUUUCACGCUCGAUGAACAAUGGCAGCCGGGGUUCUGGAAACGCUUUCCCUGGGUGGGUUUCGGAUGCCUCCUCAUGGUUGUGGCAUUCUCGACGGUUGCAAUUGUGGUUUUGAAGGAAUCAAACGAUAAACCUCUCUCGUCAUGGCCCCAGAAGAUGGCCCCCAACGUCAUACUAUCGGUAUGCAACAGCGGGGCCAGUGUCUGCAUCGCCAUUGCGGUGGCACAGGGCAUUGCCGUGUCGUGGUGGAGGCGAGCGAUGAAAGGUGCGACGAUCGCCGACCUUCACAAUACGUGGGCCUUUGGGAGCAGUAUUGCAUCAGUCGUGUUGAACGUCAAAUAUUUCAACAUUGCGGCCCUGGCGGCCCUCGUCACCAAGCUCACCAUCAUCGACGGCAUCCUCUUUCAACGGUCCACAAGCACAUACAUCACACUAGGAUCUCCCCACCCGGUCAACAUCACCACCUUUCCCACGCCACAGCUUCCGCUCACCGGCCAGCUGAACAAAGCCGCCAAUGAUACAGACCUGUUGCUCUACGAAUUCACCAUCGAUGUCAUGAGCUGGGCCAGCUCUGCCUAUGCCCAACCCUACCAGCCAAGUGGAUUCACUGAAUGCGAGGGUAUUUGCAAUCUCACAGUCCUUGCCCCGGGAUACAUCGCCAAGUGUGAAAAUGACCAUGCUCAUAAACGAGCCGUUGAUCUGAUUCGCGAUGCUGAGGCACAUGCGGGUCCCAACAAGACUUAUAUCAACACCGAGACCACAGUCUUCAGCGUCAGUUUCAACACCACAUUCCCAACGGCUGCGAAGAACUAUACUUGGAUCGGUCUGAACUUGACAUAUUACGACGCCGAGUACCCCAACGCAUCGGACACGAAACAGCAAUGUCCUGCCACGAUAAAGACAAAACAAUGCGAGCUACGGGAGGCGAUGCUGAGCUAUCCAAUCUACCUGGAGUUUGCCAACAGCACCACGACCCAAACGAACGACACCAACGCACAAACGACGGUUUAUUUUGGUCGCAUCGACCCCAUUUAUGGAACCUUGGUUGCUGCCACAGAUUAUUUUGACUAUGACAAAGGCCAAAUCCCCGAAUUUGACUUCCAGUGGUGGAUUUCGAAUGCUACGGCGUGGGACCCUACGAGCCUGGCGAAGACUCGCACUGGCGGGAUCGCUCGCGCCUUGUCAGAUCGCUACAAGAGCACCGCGACACUGAUUACCAGCAACGACACGAGAAAUAGCCCCUGGUCUCUGUCCAGCACGGGACAGUUUUCCGGCACCAAAGAAGUCGACGACGCUUCGGAGGGGUGCCCUUUCUCCUACCCCGACCCGAUGACCGACCUCAUGAUCGGCCUGAACACGCUGACCUUCCUGACCGCGCAAGACCUGUGGAACCGCCCGGGCUACACCGACACGGACGUGUCAUGGGACGCAUGGUCGAACUCGAGCAGAGUCCUCGUUGAGGCCACCCAGCGCAAAGCCGAGGUGUACUACCGCACGCGGUACCCGUGGAUGUUUGGCGCCCUGGCCUCGACCCUCAUCUGCGUGCUCCUCGUGCUGCCCUCGUACUGGGGCUUCUGGGAACUCGGGCGCAAGGUCACCCUGAACCCGAUCGAGGUCGCCAACGCGUUCCAGGCCCCCGCCUUCGCCCCGGCGCAUCCGCGCAGCGGUCUUGCCGACGAUAUUGUCAAGGUCGCCGGCCAGCGCGUCGUCAGGUAUACGGUCGCCGGCGACGCCUCCGCCUCGUCGGAGCAGCGUCGGGGGAACAAUUAUAGGAUUGUGCCUCUGUGA